CUGUUAUGUAGGAAAAAUAAUGACUGGAGUAACUUGAAACUCGAAGCACAGCACCAGAUAAAGAAAUUAUUUGGCCUUAAAAUAAGAAUGGGAGUCUUGUUGCUGGGCAACUCUUGCUCCUGUUCCCUGUGGGCUUGGAAGAAACGUUCCCCGUUUUCCCUGAAUUGCAAUGGAAAUAACUCCAAACGGGUGCUAGUCAAAGCGUUUUUCUUCGAUCCCAGUGAAGUGCCCAUCCUCAAACAAGCCGUUAAGGAGCCAGUGGCCUUUAUGGGUGGAAUGUUUGCUGGGAUUUUGAGGCUUGAUUUGAAUGAAGAUCCAUUAAAGGAAUGGGUUGCUAGAACUGUGGAAGCCUCUGCGAUCGAUGUGGAAGGAAUUUCUGGAAAAGGGUUCAGAGAGGAGGAAGACACUCCUCAACAAAUUGAGAUAGAAUGAUGGCUACCUGGGGUCCUACAACACAGCAAACCUGUUGUUUAUAAAGUGGCCAAUAUACUAAAAAUUCACCGCUAGUGUUGCUUUAUUAAUGACAAUAGGACUAUUUUAAGCAUUUAAUUGUCUCGUAAUUUUUCUUAUCUUAGUUUUAUAUAUACUAAUAUCUUUACUAUUGAUAA